GUCAUUUCAUCGGCCGGGAAUUGUUUCAUUGUUUGUCCAAGACGAAGGUCUUUACUGCAACUACAAAGACUUCCUCUUACUCUGGUCUACCCUAAAGAAGACCAGCCAACACCCGCUACAUUUGGUUACGCAAUCUGCGAACUUCAUCUUUCUGAAAUUUGAGCUUAGUUUGGUCGUCAAUGGCGGCCCCUGAAACCGCCACGGGAACCACCCUGCGAUAUGCCUUCGGGAAUGUUCUCUCGUUCUUCAUUCUUCUCCAGAUCGGAGUCCUCGCCUUCUCGAUCCGUCUGUUCUCCGUUAUAAAGUACGAGAGUGUCAUUCACGAAUUUGAUCCUUAUUUCAAUUACAGAGUCACUCAGUUCCUGACAAAAAAUGGAAUAUACGACUUUUGGAAUUGGUUUGACGAUCGUACCUGGUACCCCCUUGGUCGUGUUAUUGGAGGGACUGUUUAUCCUGGGUUGACCUUGACAGCAGGCACCAUAUGGUGGUUGCUGAACUCUUUAAAUAUCCCACUCUCUGUGGAGACUGUUUGUGUGUUCACUGCUCCUAUUUUUUCCGCUUUUGCUUCAUGGGCAACUUACCUUUUGACAAAGGAAGUGAUGGGUGCUGGUGCUGGACUGACAGCAGCAGCUCUUCUGGCCAUGGUUCCCUCAUACAUAUCACGAUCUGUGGCUGGCAGCUAUGACAAUGAAGCCGUGGCUAUAUUUGCUUUAAUAUUCACUUUCUAUCUUUAUAUAAAGACACUGAAUACAGGAUCCCUCUUCUAUGCCACUUUAAAUGCCAUAGCAUACUUUUACAUGGUUUGUUCAUGGGGAGGCUACACCUUUAUAAUCAAUCUUAUCCCGAUGCAUGUGCUUCUGUGCAUUGUAACUGGCCGCUACUCUUCCCGACUGUACAUUGCUUAUGCUCCUCUUGUUGUGUUGGGGACCUUGUUAGCUGCACUGGUGCCCGUUGUCGGAUUCAAUGCAGUCAUGACAUCAGAACACUUUGCAUCAUUUUUGGUUUUCAUCAUCAUCCAUGUAGUAGCUCUUGCAUACUAUAUCAAAGGAAUUCUUUCUCCAAAAAUGUUCAAAGUAGCUGUUACGCUUGUUGUAUCUGUUGGCCUGGUUGUGUGUUGUGCUGUGAUAGCAGUUUUGAUAGCAUUGGUAGCCUCCAGCCCAACAAAGGGAUGGAGUGGACGAAGUUUGAGUCUGCUUGAUCCAACUUAUGCAAGCAAAUACAUUCCAAUUAUAGCUAGCGUCAGCGAACAUCAACCCCCAACUUGGCCAUCUUACUUCAUGGACAUUAAUGUUUUGGCAUUCUUGGUUCCAGCUGGCAUUAUUGCAUGCUUUUUGCCUCUAUCUGAUGCAAGCUCCUUUGCGGUGCUUUAUAUUGUGACAUCGGUAUAUUUCUCUGGCGUCAUGGUGCGCCUUAUGCUAGUAUUUGCUCCAGCGGCUUGCAUCAUGUCUGGGAUUGCCCUAUCUAAAGCUUUUGAUGUUUUAACAAGAUCAAUCAAGUUUCAGCUACCUACACGGUUUGGGAACUCACAAGUUGAUGCAGGGGAUAAUAGUGCUGGUAGUGUUGUAGCCCAAAAUGAUGCAGCAAGGAUUGAGAAAAGUGAAGACAAACUGAGAGAGCGACCAUCGAAGAAGAACAAGAAGAAGGAAAAAGAAAAAGAAAAUGUGGAAAUGGCAUCUCUUAAACCUAAGAAGGAAAAGAGGCUUCUGGUUUUACCUCUGGUGGCAUCUGCUAUUGCUAUUUUCUUACUUGUGAUCCUUGGUGCCUUCUAUGUGGUUCAUUGUGUCUGGGCAGCUGCUGAGGCUUAUUCGGCUCCUUCUAUUGUCUUAACGUCUCAUUCACCUGGUGGUGGUUUACAUGUUUUUGAUGAUUUUAGAGAGGCAUAUGCCUGGUUGAGCCAUAAUACAGGGGUUGAUGACAAAGUUGCAUCAUGGUGGGACUAUGGUUAUCAAACAACUGCUAUGGCUAACCGCACUGUCAUUGUUGACAACAACACCUGGAAUAACACACAUAUUGCUACUGUUGGCACUGCAAUGUCUUCUCCUGAAAAGGCGGCCUGGGAAAUCUUUAACUCUUUGGAUGUGAAAUAUGUUCUAGUGGUCUUUGGAGGUCUUGUUGGCUACCCCAGUGAUGACAUUAAUAAGUUCCUGUGGAUGGUUCGUAUAGGAGGGGGUGUCUUCCCCCAUAUCAAGGAACCUGAUUACCUUAGAGAUGGUCAGUAUCGCAUUGAUUCCGAGGCCACUCCAACCAUGUUAAACUGUCUCAUGUACAAACUUUCAUAUUUCAGAUUUGUGGAAACUGAUGGGAGAGGCUUCGACAAAGUGAGGCAGACAGAAAUCGGGAAGAAAUAUUUCAAGCUUACCCAUUUCGAAGAGGUGUUUACUACUCACCAUUGGAUGGUUCGGAUAUACAAAUUGAAAUCUCCAAAGAACAGGAUUAGGGGAAAGACGAAAAAAUUGAAAUCGCAGAAAGCAAGCUCAACAAGUAGUUCAAGAAGAAGUGGUACAAGAAAGAAUAACCCCUGGCACUAGAAAACAUCAAGACAGACUGAUAUUUAAGGUUAGUUUCUGUAAUUUUCAUAUGAUAUCAAGCAAAAACCCUUUAGCGAGUGGGCCGGUUGUCAUUUUCAUUUACAGGAAUGCAAAUGAUACAGAAUAUUUUGUAGUCUCAUCCCUUUGAUCAUGUAAUUUUCCCUAUGCUAAUGUUAUAAACCUCAAUUUUGGAAAGAAAGUACUAAUUGAUUUUGAAUAGUUCGUUCUGAUCA